AAAACCCCCUUACACAAUCCUUCAACGUACCUCAUAGAGAAACCAUGGCCAAACUUGAUAAAGAGAAAAAGAAGAAAAAAACGGCGGAGGAAGAGAAACAAGCCGAUAAUGUUAAAGUUGUGGAAAAUUCGGAAACCCUAGACGUGGAAACCAUGGCCAAACCUAAAGAGAAAAAGAAGAAAAAAAGGGCGGAGGAAGAGAAACGAAGCGAUAAUGUUAAGGUUGUGCAAAAAUCGGAAACCCUAGACGUGAAAAUCAUGGCAAUCAGCGAAAGCCCGGAUCUGAAAACCUCCCCAAUCGUUGGAUACUUCUCGUCCGGGUACGACCCGCUGAAAAAUUCGAAGGGUUCCAAUUCUGGCGUCAAGGUCUACAGGAGCGUCAAUUCUCGAAACCCUAGGAAUCCCAGGAUGCAGGUGUCCGUGGAGGCGAGUAGGUCACAGUUGAAUUUUGUUGGCACGAAUUAUUCCGGCGAGGCCACCACGCCGCAGCUGUGUAAUUAUGCACUUGGGGUGUUGGAUAAGGAGACUGGAAUUUUGAAGAUGGUGCCAAUUGCCGGCAACAGGAUUUUCAGGUUGGAACCAAGAGUUGUAGGAAUGGAGCAGCCUGAAAACGUGCACCUGGACGAAGAUAAAGGAGACAUUGCCGAGGAAAAGGCUGAAAAAUUGAGAGAUUCGUCAGUAUAUUCAACCAAGAAGGAUAUAAAUAGAGAGAAGAAACGUAAAGCUCUACGCCAGACAGAAGCCCCAGGAAUGGAGGACAUAAUGAGCAGUAAAUUAGAAGCAAUCACAUUUAACAAGGAGGCAAUUGAGGCUACUGAAUCCACUGAUUAUUCUCUCAAUAUCCCACCUCACGAUUUGCAGGCCACUUCCUCAGACACUGCCUAUCCACUUGAAAAGAUAAUUUUUCAAGGGGAGUGGAAUUUCCUUCUCGAUGUUUUUGAACUCACUGAGUCGGGUUCAGAACUGAGCCCCGAUGUUUAUCCAAGUUUCGUUUGCAGUAGAGUUAACAAGUGUGGUGCCAUCAAGGACGAGUCAAAGAGAAAGAGGACAGCCUGCAUACUGUCUUAUAUCACUCAUCUCAUCAAGUACAAGGAUAGACACUCGAUGGACGGCGUAUCAUCUGCAAAACAUCACAACCUGCCAAGCAUCUUGGCACAGAAAUUCUCCUCACUAUUUGGUACCACGAAACAUAACACAAUUCCACAGGACAGACUAAAACUGCUUAUAAGCUACAUCCUUGUCCUCACCUUAUUUGUUGACGAUUUUUUAUCCGACCCAACUGACAUAGCCAAGGACCUUCGGAUGAACCCUGUAGCGUUAAGACCUCACUAUGAAUACUUAGGCUGCAAAUUCGUGCGCGAAAAUCAGGUGCUGCUGGCAACUCUUCCUGUCCCAUUAGAGUUUCAGACACUUAAGAGGAAGAAGAGGAGAAGAUAGAAUCUGUUCACGUUUUUUGUUGCCAGUUUUCCCUUUAAAUUGUUAUAGACACUCCUUGUGGCUGAGUAUGUUGAGAAUUUGAGUUUCUGCCGUUUUUGCUGCAUAAUAUUGUGUUGAAGAAAGUGUGUUUGUGGUGGAGGUUUUAGUUGAAUUCUGAUUUUUAAUGUAUAACUUAGACUCAAUUCUGAGUUUGUUUUGUCUCGAAAAUUUCUACGGGAUAUGAGUUUUGGAUUGUUUAAUGAUCAUUUGCAGCACCUCUUGUUUUGGGCUUCUGGGUGUUAAUUUUUCAUCACAUAUGGGAAAGAAAAAUAAAAAUUGUGGUUUACAAACAA